AUGUUAGAAAAAUAUUCACCUCCUGCAAGUGAAAAGAUAAUUCAGGUUGGUGAUGGAUCAGUUGGUAAAACAUCAUUAUAUAUUACAUAUGCUACAGGUAGCUAUCCAGAAGAGUUCAUUCCAACAAUAUUUGAUAAUUAUGAUUUGAGUGUCAGAGUUGAGGGAAAGAGUUAUUUAAUUGGUCUAUGGGAUACUGCUGGUCCUGAAGGUAAUUUACGUCCAUUGAAUUAUCCAGAUACAUCUCUAUUCUUACUGAGCUUUAGUUGCGUAGCAGAAAAUUCAUUUUUCAAUGUUGCACUCAAAUGGAUUCCAGAAAUUAGACAUCACUGUCCUGAUACACCUAUUAUAUUGGUGAAUAAUAAGGUUGACUAUCGCACUGAUCCAAUUUUUCUUCUCAAAUAUGAUACAAAUCCAAUCACAUUUGAAGAAGGAGAGUUGAUGGCUAAAAAGAUAGGUUGUAUAACUUAUAUUGAAACUAGCUCAAAAAAAAGAUAUGGUUUUGAUGAUUUGAGUGAAAUUAUAUUGAAAGCAAUUGCAAUCAGUAGAGAUGAAAAUUAUGGUAAAUCUCAUUCAAAGAAGUGUUUAGUACAAUAA